UCUGUCAGCGAAAUUCCAAUUCCAAACAAUUUUUAAAGUUUAGUUUAUCUUUAUCAGUAUCACCGUUCACCCACUGUGAUUAGUGUGAUUGAUUGUAUGUUGAAUUUGUAUUAGAGAAAAGGUUGGUUGAUAAGUAACGGUGAUAAUUAUUUUUAAAAUAAAAUGGAGGGGGAGGAGCCUGACUGGGAAGCGGAGGCGGCUGCAGUCAUUCAAGAUGUUCGAGCUCACGUGAAGAACAUUCAACUGUCGGCUGUGCCACUCCCGUCCAGAGGUGUCUACAUCAACAUCACAACACUAGAGAGCCAACGGCUGUGUGUGCUGCUCGGUCCAUCUGGAUUCCAAGUUGUCGGAAACGCUUACGAUGAUAUAUCCUUAGAAAACUUAAACUGUAGGUUUUACGAGACCCCUUACUCGCUGUUGAGUGCUGUUAGUCCAUCGUAUGAUCAAUCGUUUGGUAACUUGCUUGUGAAGAAACUAAAUGAGCUCAAUAGCCGAUUCUAAGAUGGUAGAGAUCUACAGUAAUGUAGGUUUGGAUGACUUUAUGUUUGUUUUGUAGUUACCAAAAGUUUUUUGAGAAGUAUUUUAUCAAUAUUUUUUUUUCCAGUAUUGUUUGUUUGAAUUAAAAUAGGCCAAAGCAUUUUUAAUUUUUUAGUAUAGGUACAGCAAAUGAUGCUUUUUUAUCCCUUAUUAAUUAGUACUGGUGAUGCCCUAAUGUAGAUUUUUGCAGCCUAUUCGUUCAUCUUUUAAUAAUUUUUAGGGAUAUAAUUAAUGCCUAUCGUUAAAGAUUAAACUUCAAAAGUGUAAUAGGAGCUUACUUUAAACAAUGAGUUUCUAGUCUAAUUUUUUAACACUUUGAGUAUAACCUUAUUAUUUUUAAAUAGUUUUUUAAGAGCAUGUAGCUUAUGCUUGUGUAAAUAUAUCUAUUACUUAUUGCUUCAAAUAUAUUUUUGUUUCUAUUAUUCAAAUAAAUUUAUAUUUUGUUGGAUUAUUAUUUUUAUGUUGACUGUUUAUAAUUCAUUAAUUUCCAUUUAUCUCUUAGUGUGUCUACAUCUGUUAAGGUAACUCAAUAACUAUCCGUUUGCAUGUGAAUUACUUGUAAUAUGUAACGUUAGUGUUUGAUUGGAUUAAAUAAACAUUGUAAAUUAUUAUUUUUUAAAUUUUGUUUUUAAAUACUACAUUUUUCUUUAACUGAUGAAAAUAAUGCUUUUUACAUCAGGUCACAAAAGUUUUCACACCAGGGCCCGGUGUAAAUUUAUGUAAUAGUAAUUUAAAAUUAAAUAUAAUUUCUAAAUUUACUCAUAACAGUAUAAUACAAGAUAUUAUAUAAUAUCUUAUAUAUUAUAUAAGAACUGCCUCCUCCAUGGACGAAGAUAUGCGUACAAGUCAUUGGACAACUUGUCAACUUGGGUUCCUUUUGUAUGUUCAUUGGUGAAAAUCUAAAAGAAACUCCAGUUGACUGAAUUGAGUUGCUGUGGCAUUGAUAUCACCGGUUGCUUUUGGUCUGUACCCGGCCUAAGUAAAUCAGCCAAGUAAUAAAUGCUGCUGUGCCAUGAUAGCUCAAAGCCAAACUUAGCUGUAGGUAAAGUAGGUCCAUCUAGAUCUUAAAAAUAAGAAAAAUUUUAAAUUUCUUAGAUAAGGAGUAUUGUCUUUGUUUAGGAGAUCUCUUUUGACUGCAAGCCAUCUGAAAGUUUAUUUCAGAAUUUUUGUGAUUAUAAAUAACUCUUUGAUAUAUUGUACAUUAUAUUAUGUGUAUAUUGUAAUAAAAAUAUUUAUACUACUGUUUA